AUGGCGACAGCAGCGGUCGGACAGUCGAACGGACUGGGGUACACGAAGCCGAACGAAGCGGCUGUCGAAGCUCUCGCUCAGGUACCCAAGAGCAAGGGCGCUGACGACCUCGAGAUCAAGAUCGAGUUCGGCGGUGGCCUGCACCUCAUCUUCUCCCAGAAGCCCAAACACACCGUCUACAUCCCGAAGACUGCUCCCGAUGGACGGCCGGCGGACGUGCGCUUCCUCAUCUCCUGGAUGAAGGACAAUCUGGUCAGCGAGCGUGAGGAAAUGCGACCUGGGAUUCUCGUUCUCAUCAACGAUGCGGACUGGGAGCUCGAGGGCGAACUCGAGUACGAGCUGAAGGACCGGGAUGAGAUUGUUUUCAUCUCGACUCUCCACGGCGGCUAG